GCGAGCUACACGCUCCCGCUUAAGAUGUUUUACGCGGAAAGAUCGGUCAUCAGCGGAUUGUCGACGCCCAAGGUCCCACUAAACAGCGCAAAUGACGAGUUUCUCAUACAAAAUGCGCGUUAUUUAAAUUGGAUAUUAGUUUGACGUUGUGAUCUUAUUAACAAAUGAAGAACAAUUUUCUUCAAAUAAAUCGAUCCUGUCAAGCGGCCGGUGCGAGUCGUCAUUUAAGUCCCAGAGUACCACCAUCUUUAUUAGUCGCAUCAACUGAUAUUAGCGCCCUCGAAUACAAACAUAUGUGCAUAUGUACUAUGUGCUGGUGUUUGCGCGUUUACUGGACCGUUCUGCAUAAUUUGUUCGCGCGUUUUGUGACAAACGUGGCCAAUUCUGUUUACAACAACAAUCUGUGUCGGUGUUGCUCGAGUUGCUCACAUUCUGUGCGAUGUCAUUGUUGUGAUCAUUGUUUGAUUCAUAGAAACACCCAGCGUGCUUCGAGUGAGCUUAGUGAAAAUGAGUGCGAAGAGAAGGAGCUUACGGCAAGAAGUGAGAUAGAGGUGCACUCAAGAGCGACGACAACCUGUUCAGCUCAUCAUUACGUCAUAGUUGAUGAUAUCGAUGCGAAUUACCUUGAGAUUGAGCGUCGCAAAAUCGAGACUGAAUCAUUUUAUCGUCUAGUUGACCGCGCAACUGCUGAGGAUAUUUUGAAUUGCAGAGAAGAUGGCUCUUGUUUGGUACGCCCAUUUAAAGAAAUGGAUCCGUCGAUUAAAUACAUCGUCACCAUAUAUGCCCAGCAGCAAUAUUUCCAUCUUUUCAUCAGACAAAUUAACGGUAAGGACCUCUACGGCAUCGGCCAACAAAAGUCUAAAGAAAAGGUUUUUAGCUCCCCAAGUGAUAUUAUCGAUUUCUACAGUUAUAAUCCUUUACAAUGUACAAACAAAAGUACCAGUAUAAGUUUAGUAUUAAAACCAAUAAUUACAUGAAAAAGAUGCGUAAUUGUUAUUUAUAAUUUAAUAAAUUUUAAGUGCAUAAGUAAACAUUCACUUUUAGGCAUUCUCAUAUUUGAUUU